AUGCCUAUUCGGAGAUCCAACCGGAACAAAGGCGAUGUCGCUCACUACAGUGAUGCUGAGCUGGACGAUGAGCGCCAGAGGAGAAGAACGCGCCGAGGUCUGAAUGAUCAGGCGGAGAAGGAUAAGGAACAAGAAGGGUCGGGCGCCGACGCCAUGGCCGUGGAUACAGGGAGUCCUGAUCAGACAGCAAGCGAGCAGCUUCCUUCUCGAGCUACAAAAGUGUCGGUGAAGCAGUCAAAGAACGAGUCUGCUGGGAGUAUGGAAGGUCAACGCAAGUGUGACAUGUGCGUCCAACAGGACUUCGCUGUGUGCCGCUGUAAAAUAUGCGACGUCUUCAUGUGCGAUGAAUGUGGGAAGUUUCACUCCAGGAACAAGUUGACGUACCUGCACCCCACGGAGACGAUGGAAGAAUUGAAGCGAGAGCGUGCAAGAGCAUCGAAAGGAUCCUCCGAGAAUGAAGCUGAAGACAGUGAGGAUGUCGUGAUAAUGGAUGAUGACAGCAAUGUGUUGGACGAGACAUGUAAGAUUGAUGCUGCAACUUCAAGGACUGCGAUCUCCAACAAAGAAGAUGGGAAAGAAAACCAAACACAGCCCUGUGAUGUCUCUGCAUCAGGCGAUGAUCAAACAUCGAAAGUGAAUCCAAACAGUGCCAAACCGGCUGACGCAAUCGAUGAAUGUUCAAGCAAACAGCAACAAGCAAACGCAGCCUCGUCAUCUGGUGACGAUUACUACCAUGACACUGAAGAUGAUGACUUAGAUUUGCAACGAAAUGAAAGAAAAAGUACUAGAGGGAAAACUUUGCAAAAGAAAGGCCAGAAAAAGUCGAUGUCUGAAAGAAACCAGCAAAACAAGAAGAAAACGGACUCUGAACGAUCGAACAGUUCCAAAGUCUGCUUCAAAUGUAAAAUCAAGAAUGAUGCGGAAUUGCUCGUUUGCAAAGGGUGUGAUAAAGUUUGGCACAGGACAUGUGCCAAAGUAGAAGAAACAAAGACAUUGUCAGACAGUUGGCGAUGUGAGAAGUGCAAACCAGGUAAGAAUGGGACAAACAAGAUGCGGCGCGCCGUUGUCGAGUCAGAGAGUGAAUCUUCGGCAAAUGAGGAGUCCAUUGGUUCGUCAGACUCUUGGAGUGAUGCUGAAAGCACAAUGAUGGUCGCGGAAAAAGAGCUCUCCACGACAAGUGGAAGGGUCACGAGGUCAGAAGCCCGAAAACUUGGGGUUGGGGCCAACAACAAGGCAAAAGAUCAAAGUCAGGGGAAGCAGGAGGAUUCUUCAGAUUCAAAGCAAAACAAAGAGGAAAAUUCUCGGCCCAUCAAGAGGAGGAGAUUACGAAAGCCACACCAGCUCAGCACCGAUAUGAUUCGAGCGGCUGAAGAAGGUCAGAAAGCCGAUCAAAUGCGCAAAGAGAUGAGAGAAGAAUCUGCUGAGAAUGUUGGAGCUCCUCUCGUGCUCAAGGCAUGCAGGGAAGGGGAGGAAGACGUCGCACUUCCUUCUUGUCUAUACGAAGAGUUGCAGGCGCAUCAGAGGGUCGGGGUGCGAUUCAUGUGGGAGACGACGAUGAGGGAAGGGAAGGGUUGCAUCCUUGCUCACUGUAUGGGGCUCGGCAAAACGUUGCAGGUCAUAUGUGUCCUUUAUGCGGCUCUGGUGUCUAAAUCAGAAGAGGGCAAGAAAAAGACGAUCUUGAUUCUAACGCCAGUCAACACCUUGAGAAACUGGGAGGCGGAGUUCAGGAAAUGGAUCCUUCCAAGCAUGUCUUUGCCGGUACGCGUGUUGAUGGAUGCUGGAUGUCAGAACAAGGCUAGGCUGGCUUACAUAGAAGAGUGGAUGGAAGAAGGAGGAGUGAUGCUGAUAGGGUACGAACAAUUUCGAAAUCUAGCUCUUGGGAAGAACGUCAGAGGGAAGGGAAGCGUGAAAUUGAAACAGCGACUUGCGGAAUGCUUGCUUAAGCCGGGGCCUUGGGCUGUCGUUUGCGACGAGGGCCACGUGCUACGGAAUGAAGAUUCAGGCCUCUCGUCGACUGUGCGAGAUAUUAGCACACUGAGACGGAUUGUGUUGACUGGCACACCACUGCAGAACAACUUGAGAGAGUACCACUGCAUGGUUGACUUUGUACGCCCUGGACUGCUGGGAGAGUCAAACGCCUUCAAGCGAGAUUUUGUCAACCCAAUUCUCCACGGACAGUGUAUAGAUGCGCAACCAGACGAGGUGAAGCUGAUGAAGAAACGAUCCCACAUCCUUCACAGCCUCCUCAAGUGUUGUGUGGACCGAGCGGACUUUAAGGUCCUUGCUCCGUUCCUCAGCAAGAAGUACGAAUUCGUUAUCGCAAUCAGACUUUCAAAACUCCAAUCUGAUCUGUAUCAGAAGUACUUGUCGGACGUGCUUUCUAUGGAAAGUCCGGAAACAGGAGGGUUGUCAUCAAAAGUCCGUCUAUUCGAAGCCUACCAUAGCCUAUCCAAAGUUUGGACCAACCCCAAGGUGCUUGAGAUGGAGAAGAAGGCGGAGGAAGAUGAUUAUGAUUCCAUGGAGGAUUUUAUUGUUUGGUCGGAUGAGGAGAGCAGCAGCACUGAAAGUAGCAGUGGUGGCAAGCCGAAGAAAAGAUCGAAAUCGAAGAGAUCAAGAUCGUCUCUUUCAGAUGAAGAGCAACUCAUCCCAGAUCCUGUAAAAAGCUCAAGUUCAAAGGAAGAUAGGAACAAACUGUGGUGGGACGAUUUCAGAGAAUCAGUUGAACAGAUCGAACCUGAGGCAACGGGCAAGUUCUUGUUCCUCAAGCUCCUCCUGAAUGAAACCUGCGAGAUGGGAGACAAGGUCUUAGUGUUCUCUCAGAGCUUGGGGGUCUUGGAUCUCAUCGAAGAGAUGCUUAAGAUGGCUGGCGAAAGGGGAGAGGGGCUCAAGAAUUCUAAGGGAGUGUACAGACCAUGGCGGAAGGGAAGGGACUACUAUCGCCUUGACGGAUCUGUUGGGGGGAACAAGAGACAGAGCGACAUUGAGAACUUCAAUGCGACCAAGAAGGCAAGGCUGUUUCUCAUCUCUACCCGUGCAGGAAGCCUAGGAAUCAACCUCUUCUCCGCCAAUCGGAUCGUCCUGAUGGACGCGUCGUGGAACCCCAGCUUCGACACGCAAGCGAUCUUUCGCUCCUACAGGCUCGGACAGGAGAAAGAGGUCUACGUAUACAGACUGCUAGCGCAUGGUACCAUGGAGCAAAAGAUUUACGGGCGUCAGAUCACCAAACAAGCCCUGGCAUCCCGCGUCGUUGACUCGGAGGAAACAGGGAGGCUCUUCACUGACAAUGAGCUGAAGGCCUUGCUGGAGUUCAAGCCAGGAAGCGCCGGCCAAGGAGGACAAGGAAGACAAGGAGGCAGGCCGGGGGUAGAAGACCUCGACGAGAACUCACCGAAGCAACGGAAGAAGCUCUUCGAUAUGAGCAGUCUGCCUCCUGAGGAUGUGGUCCUCGCUCGCAUUAUGACUGAGAUCUCGCCCAAGUGGAUGGUGGGCUACCAUGAGGCAGACUCGUUGGUGGAGCGAGACACUGAGCUCUCCAAGGAGGAGAUCGAGGAGGCGUGGGAGGAGUGGUCAAACCGGGAGAAGCGAGCGAGGGAGGAGGCGGAGAGGAUCCAACGAGCCAACGACGAGGCAGCACGAGCAAGGCGGUUCCAGUUCGAGCUCCAGCGGAAGAUUGCGGAGUCUCAGCGGCUGCUCCAGCAGAAUCAGCUGCAGUCCGGGAUGAUCUUCAACUCUCAGAUGCCCCCCCGGCAGCAGCACUUCCUCAAUUCCGUCCCUUCUCGCCCACCACCAGUGGAGAUGGUGACGUCACUGUACAUCGUUCCUCCCAGAGAGCAGUGGAUACUCGAGCACAACGGGGUCAAAGGGCCUUUCAUCGCGAUCCUCCCGCAAGGCUACGAGAGGACGAGGAUUGUUCGCAUUGACGAGAAGCUGAGAGUCGGGGACAAGUUCUCAGUUACCAUGCCCUCCCGUGAUGCAGCGAGAGGAGAGGAGGGAGAGGAGGAGAUGGUGGUAUGGUGUUGUAUGUAGAUUGAAUCCCCACUUAUCUC